AUGUCACGCGAUCGUGACCUCUUGUUGCGGUGCCAUGAUGCUCCUGUGGGAAAUGCUGUCCGGACGGCGGAAUAAAAACAAAGACAAAGUUCGCCAUCAAGCUAAUAGUAACAGUGGCGAAGUAUCGACCACGGGCUCAACGGCCAGUGCUGUUGCCGUGUCUAGCGGAUCGGCGUCGACGCCUCCGUCGUCGGUCACGGUCGUAAACAUCGUCGGUCGUCACGACAAGCAGGACGAGGUCAACGUCGACAGCCUCAGAGUACAUCACAAUUCGGCGCGAUCGGAAUCGUUUUCGUCACCGCCGUCUCCGCAUCCGCCCGGAUCGGCGGCCAUCGUGUCGUCGCUCUUUGAAUUACCUCCGCCCAAACAACUGCCGACGCUCUUUCGGCCAGCCGUAGGCGGCACCGCGUUCGCUAAUCGAACGCCUGAUUCGAUCAAAUUGUUUAAAAACUCGGUCCUUUCUCGACGUCAUUCCACGUCGGCCGGACUCAGUCCCGGAUUACUCGGUUGUCCGUCCACUUUGGGCGGCGGUGGCGUCGCUGCCAUUGCUGGUGGUGGGGGUAAUAAUGCCCCCCAGCGAGCUAGGCGUCGCCGUGGCGAGGACGCUCAACGUUACUCGGACCGGAGGCGACAGCAACACAAUUUUGAUGUUGAAAAUGGAGGACAACCAGGUGCUGGUGGCAUUGCAAGCAGCGGGCGAAGUCGAAGCCCUUUAGCCGGCAACGACGGAGCCGUCUCGCCAUCGGGAGCGGCUCUUGUCUUGCAGAACAUGCCCCAAAGACGCGAAUCGUUUCUCUACCGCGAGGAGGAAAUGUCGCCGAAAUCCAUGUCGAGAAACUCGUCUCUGGCUUCGGAAGGGCACGGAGAAGACUUGAUCGUCACUCCCUUUGCGCAGAUACUGGCCAGCCUACGUAGCGUCCGUAAUAACUACAUCUGCUUGACGAGCAUUCCCAUCAAUCGAUCGAGACGUUCGUCGCAGUCGACUGGAGUGUCGACCCCGCAACCCAAGAACCUUACUCCGGGAGGUGAGUUUCAGAAAAAUGAAACGUACACCCGGCUGGCCGUGGAAACGCUGGAAGAGCUGGACUGGUGUCUGGACCAGUUGGAGACGAUCCAAACGCAUCGUUCCGUCAGUGACAUGGCCUCUAGCAAGUUCAAACGGAUGCUGAACAAAGAGUUGAGCCAUUUUUCCGAAUCCAGCCGGUCGGGCAAUCAGAUCUCCGAAUACAUCUGCUCGACAUUCUUGGAUAAACAGCAAGAAUUGGAUUUACCAUCACUACGUGUCGAUGAUUCCGAAACGGAAAAGGCUCGUCUUGCUUCUGGUCCGCGAAAGUCCAAGGACGGUAGCAAAGAUGGUUUCACGUUGGCCGGAUCAGGGAUCACUACGUCAUCUUCAUCAUCGUCGGGCACGGUGGCUGCAUUGUCAGCUAAAAGUGGAGCUUCUGCGGCCACGUCACAGUCGUCCAGUCACGUGGGUCGGACCAUGUCACACAUAUCCGGCAUCAAGAGGCCACUGAGUCACUCGAACAGCGUCACCUCGGAGAAGGUGGCCAAAUACGGGGUGGACACAGCCAACGAACAUGAACUGGGCAAGUUUCUAGACGAAGUCGACCGUUGGGGUAUCGACAUUUUCAGAAUAGCGGAGCUCUCCAGCAAUCGACCACUGACGGCUGUGACGUACGCCAUCUUCAAAGAGCGCGGUCUAAUGAACGCCUUCAAGAUACCCGACAAGACUUUGGUCUCUUUCCUGAUGACGCUCGAGGAUCACUACGGCAAGGAGGUGCCCUACCAUAAUCACUUCCACGCUGCCGAUGUCACUCAGUCCACCCACGUCCUACUUAAUUCGCCCGCAUUAGAGUCGGUGUUUACCAAUUUGGAAAUUAUGGCGGCCAUUUUCGCAGCUACUAUUCACGACGUUGAUCAUCCCGGUCUCACAAAUCAAUUUCUUAUCAAUACGAGUUCCGAACUGGCUUUGAUGUAUAACGAUGAAUCGGUGUUGGAGAACCAUCACCUGGCAGUGGCGUUCAAGUUAUUACAAAGCCCCGACUGCGACAUCUUUAGCAAUUUAAAUAAGAAACAGCGGCAAACGCUUCGCAAGAUGGUGAUCGAUAUGGUUUUGGCGACGGAUAUGUCAAAGCAUAUGAGUUUGCUGGCAGAUUUGAAAACCAUGGUGGAAACUAAGAAAGUCGCUGGUUCGGGCGUCCUCCUUUUGGAUAACUACACCGACCGAAUCCAGGUGCUGCAAAACAUGGUCCACUGUGCCGAUUUAAGUAACCCGACCAAGCCAUUGGAUAUUUACCGUCGCUGGGUGUCGCUUAUCAUGGAAGAGUUCUUCCAGCAAGGAGAUCGAGAACGCGAACAGGGUCUGGAUGUCAGUCCAAUGUGUGAUAGACAAAAUGCUACUAUCGAAAAGUCGCAGGUGGGUUUCAUCGACUACAUCGUGCACCCUCUAUGGGAAACUUGGGCCGACUUGGUUCAUCCGGACGCUCAAGACAUUCUAGACGGCCUGGAGGACAACCGUGAUUGGUACUUUAGUAUGAUACCGCCGUCACCACCACCAGCCCAGUCGGACAACACACCAGUGGAUCACUCAGAUGAUACGGGCGAAAACACGGAAACAGGGGAAGCCGAUGACGUCAACAGAAUAGAAAGCGAAGAUGGGCAUUGGCGCUCUAGUAACGCUUUAUCCGUCCCUUCAGAGCGUAUCCAGUUUCAAAUCACUCUGGAAGAGGGAGAGAGCGGUAACGAGGAGGAUGACUGAAUAGCUUGAACCGUUGAGUUCUAUUCGUCUCCAGGUAUCGCUUCUCUUUCUAACGUUUACUGCUAACACGUACACACCCCAACAAACAGAAAACAAAGCAAAAACAAACAAAAAAAAAAAAAACAUAAAAAAAAUAAUAAAAAUAAAAAAAAAUAAAAAAUAAAAUAAAAAAUAUAUAUACAUAUAUAUAAUAACAACAAUAAAUAAAAAAAAGAUACACGAAAAAAAACAAAACAAAGGAAACAAAACAAGUAAACCAAAGACAAAAAAGAAAAAAAAAUCUACAUGGAAUUUCCUUGUGGCCAUGAGGAAACCCGCAAGUGGGAUCACAAUUGGAUGGCGUUCUAAAUCAUCCAUACGUUUAACACUCACGUGGAAAUUCAUCAUCAGUUCUAUACAAAUAUCAUGUUAUUGUACAACCACCUUCCGGAAUGUCGGGGUAGAGCAGACUCUGCUGCUGUGGGUCAUUCGACUUUCGACCACAUCUUCGUACGCUUAAAAAACUCAAGUGAUGGCGUUUCUUCUUUUAAGAUACUAUUGCUGACUUUAUAUUAUAUUGACUGUAUUUUUAAAGUGAAAUCAAUUCAUCAAAAGUGUUUCCCUAUUUGUAGAGCGAGGAGACAGACGAGAGAGAGAGAAAAAGAUCCUUAUUAUUCCUGUGCAUUAGUUUUUGAUUAACAGCGUCGGUACGAAUUGUUUCGCUAUUGAUUGGGUUUAACUCGAAAUGAUUUUUUAAUAUUUAUCUUAAGUUAGAAAGAAUUCAAAAUCAAAUGAAAUUAUUAGUGACCUAUACAGUUUAUAAUCUAUCCACACUCUCUCCUACCCUUGUCCUCACAAAAAGGCAGCUGGUACUGUUCGACCUGGGAAAAGAGGGGAUUAUUAAAAGGCAUUUAAAAACAUUUCUCGUAGUAAAACCGACAGACAAAACAAAUGUCUCAAUGCUAUUCACAUUACACAGUGCUUAUACCCGUUGCAAACUCUCCUUUUGUGUGCGAGAGGAAUUAGAAAAUGGGGUGCCAAUAAUUGAAAGACGGCUAGAUACAUCGGUCCUUAUCUCAUUUCGAUAUACCCUCUGAGCAAUUAUCAUCGGCCGUUGCCAAAAUUUGACGUUACAUUUAAAAACCCAGUUGUUAUUCAACACAAUUUUUGUUAUAACUGUUUGUUUUUGUUUCUUCUGGUUAUCAAAUUUCCCCCCUCACGACGAUGCAGCUUUACACCAUCCUGCCACGAUACACGUAUGUGUACUAUGCUAUACCGUACGCAAGAUUUGGAUUUUUCAGGUCCCAUUUUUUUGUGAGGUUUUUUUUUUUUUUAAAUUUGUUUCUGUAUUCUCGUAAUAAAACAAGUGGAUAUUUUGUACAGUGUAUGCACAGCUGAGGUUGCCUGUUGGUGGGCAACAAGAAAUUGAUGUUAUUCUCUGUCAGUUCUGUUCAUCUGGUAUUUAGCCAUGAUGUAGUAUAGGUAUUUCACAUGUAUCAGCCAUUAGGUUUUUGAUGACAAGAAAAAAGCCCUCUCUGCCAUGCAAAAGUAAAUUGGUUAUCGAGAGAAAAUUCAUGCACUCACAUAUGAACUGUACGUUCGUGUACAUUAUUAUUAUUAUACACACUAUUAUAAUGUCAUCAAUCUAUAGUUUCGUGUAUAUAUUACGGUAUUGCGAUUGUAUCAUACAAGGUUCUUUGUGCCGUUGUAAA